AUGAAAGAUAUGGCUCAACAGGUUGACGACUUAAUCGCCAACUCGAAUCAUAUCUCAAAAUGGGUCGAGGAUCAACCGAGUGAAGACCAGGCAAGUUGGGCCCAGUCCAUUUUCACAAAACUCCUUGAAGGUGCUUCUCAGCCUAGGGGAGCUUCAGGCAACUCAUGCGUAAAACUCUGCGGUUUCAUCGAACAGUCGUCAAAAUCGCACUCUCAGAAUCUCAGACUCUGGGCCUAUUCCAAAGAUGUUACCAUCAAGCUUUUCAACUUUUAUGUUGAGUGGAACGAGUCAGACAACCAUCGAUCCAUGAAGCUGGUUCUUGAUCUUCUUCCUCAGCUUAUCAGGAGAAACCCAGACGAGCAGGCAGGCCAAGCGACCAAAGCAGCAAUUCUUGACAAUCUUGUGUCGAUUGUAACUGGAAAAUCUUCAAAGCCUCUAGCCAAGUCUGCUAUCAAGGCGUUGGACUAUUUGCUUACCAAGGACAUUGUUACCCUAGACGAGAUACGGUCCAGUUAUGUUACUCUCCAGCCAAAGGGUGCCUCUACCGAUCACCUGGGUUUGUGGAAGUCUUUUAUUUUUGAGCUGUUUCACUGGAUGACACUUCACUUUGUCUGUCCAACUGCGGGAAGGUUCAUUGUCACCUUGUAUCGUGGUCUGAGGAGUCAAGACCAGCAAGAAACUUCAGUACAGCUGAGUAUUGAGGCAUGGCACAAGUGGCUUCUCGAAGCCGUCAAUGAGGAACCAUCCAUUCUAGAAUCAGUCAAGAACUAUAUCUUCCUACCCCUAUUCAAAGCCGAUAAAGCAGAAGCCCUGGGUUUCCUGAAGAGGAUGAACGAAAAUGAAGCUGUCUCUGCAGGUGAUGAGAUUGACCUCAACCUCCCAGCUCUACUACAGCUGGCAGCACUCGAAAUUGGCAAGAAGGUUGGCUUGGUGGAAGAGCCUGCACUGGGCGAUGACAAGUCUGCAGAUAGCGAUUCAUCGAUAGUGCUUGAUGAAAAGGUGCUGGAAAGUGUCCUGGCUCAUCCGUCGCAUGAAGUUCGAUCUCUUGCACUCUCACUACUAAUGAGCUCACCCUCAACCACGAGACCAUACUCAUCUACGGCACUGGACUUGUUGCGCAAACAUCUGGCGACAUACUUUGCCGACUCAGAUGCUAAGUUCCGAAAUGAAGUGGCUGGGAAGGUUAGAGAUAUGUUUAAGAGAGUUCGAGGUGCCAUAUUUGUGCUUAAAAAGAGUAUCCCAAGAGCCGCUGCUCGCAAGCAAAAGGAGCAACCGGGACAGACUCAAGAGUCACAGCAUAUCCUGUAUCGAACUAACUUGAUCUCGCUCCCAGAAGCCCAGCUUGUGCACUGCCUGGAAUAUCACGAGAAGUUCCUGUUCUGGUAUAUCGGCUUCCUGUGCAGCGAGUUGACACCGACUGCGUCUUACCAACGGCAUAGCGCUUCCCUCAAGGCAGUUACAUUCAUUCUCAGAAUGGAGGGAGAGAAGUCAAAAACAUGGGAGACCGCGGAUGACCAGACACUCUUCUUCGACCGAUUCGGUGGCUCAUGGCUACGAGCGUUGUCUGACCUGAUCAUGGAUCCCUUUGACGACAUUCGAAGCCAUGCAGCUACAGUGCUGAAAUGUAUAUUCUCGGAUAGUCGCUACAAAAACUUUCACCUCAUGGCCCAACAGGGCAAGAUGAACCCCGCCGAAGAACUUGCAGAACUUUUGAGGCGAUCUGAAGAACUCGCCCGCAAGACUGCCCGAGCUGAUCAUUCGGACGGUGUUGCUAGAGUGUCUCAGCUGCUAUAUAGAUUCUCUGAAAAUGAGCAACAGCGACUAGCAGUUCUUUCAAAGUUGGUUGGUGGUCUCGAAGAGAGACUAGCGGUAGCCGAGAAGGACCUUGGCAGGGCAGUUCUAGAUGCACCACUCCACGGUGAUUUUGCCUCUCUUUGUUACAUGUGGCAGGUGGUUUCGGAGCUUCAGUUCUCUGAGAGCGAGUUGCAGGCUGUACAAACUCUGCAGGACACCCUUGUGACAUGUUGUGAGCGAGUGUGGGCAGCGGUCCGUGAAAUUCUCUGCGAUGACUCGCCGGAAGGUCAUCUACCACAAGAACUGGAGGAAGUUGAUGGACUUGACACGAAGGAUGUACUAAGUUACAGUUUCCGAUCGGUUCACGAAGCAAGCAAUCUUAUGCGUAUCUUGAUUGUCCCUGUCAAGCAACGACAUCCUCAAGGCAGAAUCUAUCCUUCAAGGGAGGUCUACGAGAGAAUAGGAAACCUUUCCUUCACCCAGCUCGCCAGUCUUAGACAUCGUGGCGCUUUCACUACUGUCGCACUGACUUUCUCAACAUGCUGCCAACUGGUAAAGCAUCUGAACCAGGGUCAAGACGGCGAUGAAAGCGGCACAACUCUGCUUGAACAGUGGUAUACUGGCACACUGGAAGCCAUUAACGCCCAGGUAUCAACAACCCGGCGUUCUGCGGGUAUUCCUGCCAUGAUGACUGGUGCUCUAUCUGCCAACGCGAAUAAUCCCUCCUUUGAGCAAGUCAUGUCUAAACUUAUGGAGAUUGCUAGCCAGGAAGCCCGUGUCACUGAGACAGAUGGCUCAAACCUACCCCAGGUCCACGCUUAUAACUGCUUGAAGGAAAUCUUCAAGAGCUCCUACUUGACAGCCAUAGGAAAUAAGUCUGAGAAAUUCCUACCUCAAUGCCUUGAACUAGCAGCGAAUGGCCUCAAAUCUGAGCUAUGGGCUAUCCGUAACUGUGGUUUGAUUCUACUCCGUAGUCUCAUUGACUGCCUCUUUGGCUCUCACCAGAGCAAAGCUACCAUGGAAGCUGGCUGGGACGGCAAAGCCAACCGCAUCGCUUACCACCGCUACUCUUCGCUGCCAACGACUUUGCUUCACCUUCUCAAGUCUGGCCACCAGAUGAUGGCCUCCAUCGCUGCAAGCUCAGCAGCAGCCGAGUCGGUCUUCCCAGCCCUUGACAUCAUUCGAAGAGCCGGACCCCCUGAAGUUCUCCGCGAAGAGCUCCAGAUACAUAUUGCCAAGUACUUAGCCAGUCCUGUGUGGCACGUCCGUGAGAUCGCCGCUCGAACUCUUUGCUCGUGUCUCUUGCACGCCCAGUGGCUUGAUACCAUUACUAGCCUGGCUGCCGAGUCUGUUCGUUCUCAGGUUGGGAAGGUCCAGAACCAUGUCCAUGGCGUUCUGCUGGCACUGAAGUAUAUCAUUGAGCGGUUGAACGAGGUUAUGCCAGAACAGUUACAGCGUAAGGCUCACCACACCAACGAACUAGACAUAAAUGCUAACGAAAACGCAGAGGAUAUCCCCAAGCUAUCAGGGUUUCUUAUCGAAUACUGGCGCGCGAUCCAAAAUCUAGACUCCCCCGAGAUUCCUGCGGCCUAUCUUGAAGUUGCGAACAUAGUACGAGUUCUCCCUAGACCCGGAGCUGUUGACCGUCUCCAGCUCGAGUUCCCUGCCUUCAACAAGCGAGAAGGUGCUCUCCUCAGGGCCCAGCGUAUUAUUCAUGAGGUGCAUUCCACCGCUGAGGGUAGCGGCCAGAUCGAGGACCUCAACACCCUACUCCUGGCUAAGACUAUGGGUGUCAACACGAUAGUCGCUGGCCUUGAGACUAUACCUAAGCUCUGGGAUACUUCCCGCCUCUCAGGACAAGACGUGAACCACUUCUGUAACCUUUACCGGGAUGUUUGUCUUAAGAUUGGCCCUGCAGAGCCUCGCGUCAUUGCUCUGCAGAAUCUUACUGACAUCCUGGACCAAAUUCUCAAGAGUGGGAACCUCGACCUGAUUUCGCCGGAUUUACUGUCUCAGAUCUGGAACAGCCUGCCACUGAGCUCUCUAAAUCCAGCACUCGCCAACGCCAUCAUCAGGAUUAGCGGUUGUAUAACAGGUAUACUCAGCAAGUCAAAGGCUAUCACUGCAGAGGGUAUCAAGAACUGGGGACACAUGGUGGCCGAUGCUGGUUUAGACGACAAGGAUUUCGAUACCCGCCUGGCUACCGUCGAGUCUCUCUGCUCAUUCUUUACCAGCAUCCAGCUAGACCAAGCCUGGGCUCAGGAGGAACACCUGCCAGCUAUCCUCACCCUCUACGACUCCCUGAAUGACGACGACGACGACAUCCGAGACGCUGGAUCUGCGGCUGUCAAGAGCAUUCUAGGCCAAGCCCUCGUCCCCAUCGAAGCCGCUAAUCGUCUUAUCUCUUGGCUUGCCCAGGUCUAUGCAGAUAACUCCACGUUCCGCCAAAUCAUCGUGCACCGCAUUAUGGGCGACUCAAGAUACCCAACCCCCGAGUCAAAUGCUGUCUCUACCAAGGAUCAGCUACAAGAGGCCAUGAAAUUUGACGACUCUCUCUUUGUCAUCGAGGAGCAGAACCUCUUCGUCGAUGAGGUCAGAGAAACACAGCGCUGGAUUUCUGUCUACGAAAAUCUGGCUUGGGAGUCGAACGACCCCUGCCUUGAGGCACUGACAUCCUGGACGAGUGAAGGCUUGGAAGCCAUGCAGAGUCUCGUAAUCCAAGAAGAUGGGCCCCUUGGAUAUGGAUCGAAGCCCGAGGUUUUCGCUAUUUUGUCGCGGGUUAUUCGCGCAUCUGCUGCGUUAGCGAGACAUCAUCCCGAUGCCAAGCUUCGCGAGACCAUCGACAAGUCAAGCAGUGCAUUGCAUCAACAACAGGGACACAUCUCCGGUCUUUUGCUGCAGCCUCUUAAGAAGACCACCCAGCUUUAG